AGCACAAAAUCACACACAGCAUUUCUUAUUUCAAGCUUUAGCUUGCCGUUCUGUAACCCCAAAAAAAAAAAAAAAACAGAAAGAAAAAUCAUACCCAGCAUCACCCAAUAACUAUGGCAACGGAAUUGGUGGCAGGCCUUCCAAGCGCAGCCGUAUGGCUCGCGACCACCGCCGUCCUCCUCCUCUUCGGCCGCUACCUCCGCCGCCGGCAAUACAAGCUGCCCCCAGGCCCACGGCCCUGGCCCAUCAUCGGUAACCUCAACCUCAUCGGCCCCCUCCCCCACCAAUCCAUCCACGCCCUAUCACAAAAAUACGGCCCCAUCAUGCAUGUCUGGUUCGGAACCAAACCGGUCGUCGUCGGCUCCUCCGUCGAACUGGCUAGAGACUUCCUCAAAACCCACGACGCCGCCUUGGCCGGCCGCCCCAAGUUCUCCGCCGGCAAGUACACCACCUACAACUACUCCGACAUCACGUGGUCUCAGUACGGCCCAUACUGGCGACAAGCUCGCAAAAUGUGCCUCACCGAACUGUUCAGCGCUAAACGGCUCGAAUCCUACGAGUACAUCAGAAGAGAAGAACUUAGAGCCGUUCUGAAAGAACUCUACUAUUCAGCGAACAAAACCAUAGUACUGAAAGAUCAUCUCUCUACUCUGAGCCUGAACGUGAUCAGUAGGAUGGUGCUGGGGAAGAGGUACCUGGAGAAGAGCCAAAACGCGAUCGUUUCGCCGGAGGAGUUCAAGAAGAUGCUGGACGAGCUGUUCUUGUUAAACGGAGUUCUGAACAUCGGAGACUUCAUUCCAUGGAUUCAUUUUCUGGACUUGCAGGGCUAUGUAAGGAGGAUGAAGGCGUUGAGCAAGAAGUUCAACAGAUUCAUGGAACAUGUUCUGGAUGAACACAACGAAAGAAGAAGAGGGAAUCCAGAUUAUGUAGCUAAAGACAUGGUGGAUGUUCUUCUUCAGCUUGCAGACGAUCCUACCCUCGAAGUCAAGCUUGAGAGGCAUGGAAUCAAAGCCUUUACUCAGGACUUAAUAGCUGGAGGCACAGAGAGCUCAGCAGUAACGGUGGAAUGGGCAAUCUCGGAGCUUCUGAGGAAGCCGGAGAUAUUCAAGAAGGCGACGGAAGAGCUGGACAGAGUGAUCGGAAGAGAGCGGUGGGUGGAAGAGAAAGACGUCCCCAACCUACCAUACAUCAACGCGAUCGCCAAAGAAACCAUGAGGCUCCACCCGGUGGCUCCGAUGCUGGUUCCCAGAAUGGCCAGAGAAGACGUGAAGGUCGCCGGCUACGACAUCCCCAAAGGAACACAGAUCCUGGUCAACACCUGGACCAUCGGAAGAGACCCUGCAGUAUGGGAAAACCCUAACGACUUCGAACCAGAGAGAUUCUUGACAAAAAACAUCGACGUGAAGGGACAUGACUUCGAGCUGUUACCGUUCGGAGCAGGAAGAAGAAUGUGCCCAGGUUAUCCUUUGGGGAUAAAGGUGAUUCAGGCGAGCUUGGCGAAUAUGUUGCAUGGGUUUCAUUGGAGACUGAAGGAUGGCAUGAAGAAGGAGGAUUUGAGUAUGGAGGAGAUUUUUGGACUCUCAACCCCAAAGAAAUUUCCCCUUGAAACUGUGGUUCAGCCCAGACUUGCUCCUCAUCUUUACUAAUAUAUAUAUAUAUAUAUAUAUAUAUAUAUAUGCGCGCGCUAUUAGCUACCUAUAAUAUAAGUUUCAUCUCCAAUAAGGGUAGUGAGCGUUUGAGAGAUGGAGUAUUAUUGUAACUCAAUCAAUAUGAUGAUUAUGGGCAAUACUAUAUUUCUGGGUUUCCUUACAUUUCC